AUGGCAGGAAGAAACUUCGAAGAUAUUUCAUCGGCUUGCGAAGUUGCUGCACAAGCACUACAAGCUAUUGGCAAUUUAAGAAAUCCUGAUAUUCGAAAUUUAGCAGAAUCAACUGCUUCAAACAGCAGUGCAAGUAAUUCAAAUAUGUCGACUACUUCUGGUGGAAAUAUCUCGGUAUUUGCAGCUGAGCUCGGACAGAGAUUUCCCACAUUUAAUGCUUGCAUUAAUAAUACACGAGGCAGAGAAAGUCACAAUUCUUCUAGUCGCAGUACAGUUAAAAAGAACUCCAAAAAGCGGAAGUCCAAUGAUAACACUCAAGAUGCAUCGAGUGGAUCUGGAACAAAGAUUGGGCGACCUUCGAAGUCUGUUAUUCACAAAGACUUAUAGUUAUUAUACCGAAUCCUGACACCAAACAAGUGCCAAGUCACUCCAACAAAGUCAAGCAGGUCACAGUUUUAAAUAGCUUUAUUUUCUUAACAACUUCAACAUAUUAAAGAAACAUUUGUUUUACAAACAAUACCCGGAAAGCAUGCUUUUUCCAGGAAAAAACACUCGCAUCGCGCGGGACUAUCACGCGUCCGUAUUUUAAUAACAUACCUAAUCUAUUCUCGACAAUUUGUUAAGCCCCAUGAACUUUGCACUAUUCUGGCAUAGUACAUAACAUGGACUGGACUGGAACAGUGACUCGAUGUUUUCACUCCGCAAAAAAUAAUUUCCUUCCCCAUAACCUGAAAUUUCCUUUUCACAUGCAAAAUUUCCUGCCAAAAAUCUCUAAAUAUCCUUCUAUUUCCCUUCCAAAUUUUUAUCAAAAUUGACAGAUUUACCUUGGUAAUUAACAUCUAAAGAUGGAAAAUCGGAGAACACUAUUGAAUUCGCCAUAAAAAUCAGCAUCUUUUCACAGUAAAUAUAUCUCGAGUCAAUUUAAUAAAGAAAACUUUUUAUCGCGUGUUUACUUCCCAGCUGACAAUAGAAAUAAACUACGGAUGUAACCAAGGGAUACACGAGCACUUUAACGGAUAACCAUUUUACUGAUUCAUUAUUAUCAUAAGAUAACCACGGAUGUCCUCAGUUAAUAAUGAAUUCAAGAUGGAGUCGGGCAAAUGCGCAUUCUUCAUUUCCUCGAUUUUAGCCGCAUGUGUGGAACUUGCACAUGGAUUUUAGUAUUUUACUGUUAGUCUAGAAACGCUUGUUCGCCACCACAGCAACCUAAAAUAUAUUGUAUUUAUUGUAUUUUUGUGAAUUAUGAUAAAAACAAUAAAUAUUUGGGUAGUUUUAUCGUAAUUCAUAAAAAUACAAUAAAUACAAUAUAUUUUAGGUUGCUGUGGUGGCGAACAAACGUUUCGUUAAAAUAUUCACCCCCCUGUCUGUGUCCACGAGAAGUUUUCGCGAAGAUUGCGCGUGACUUUCAAAUGCUUUGUAUUUUAUUUUGAACCUAAAUGGUUACCUGGAGGGUUUGGCCAUCAAAACCCAACAAAUGUUUUCAUUUUUUCGAUUGGGACUAUUCUACAAUGGAUACUGUAUUGGAUACUGUAGUCUAAACACAUAGGAAGACGAAGAAGUGGCAUUUAUCGGACAGAGAAGCGGUGAGCCAUUAAAAUGGCGGCUAUUUGACGGAAUAUCGAAGGACACAAUAUCGAAGAUAAAAUAUACUGCACUGUUACAAAACUUCAUUAAACUUCGUCGAAAUCGUCUUUAGCCAUCUAUCAUUAUGUAAAAGUACAACAACUGGAUGAUAUCUGCGAGACUCGGCGAUAAAAAGCAAACAAAACGGCAAAGUAUGGCUGAAAUGGUGUUUUCAUGGGGGUGAGUGAAUUAAAAUGUAUUAUAUUUAAAGAAAACAAUGACAAUCCUUAUGAAAACUACAAUAAUUAUAUUAAAUUAAGCAUAGUUUUUCAUUCCAUGAUAAUUUCUUUAGGAAAUAAGAACAUUAAAUUUCUGCCAGGCAUAUUAGUUAUUUUGUGCAUAAUAAGCAAUUUACCUGGGGUGGUGCAUAGUCAUUUUCUGGUAAAAUAUUAUACUUAGACAAAUUUUUCCUUCCAAUGACCACCCCUAAAAGCAACCCUUCUAAACACUAUAAGCACUUCAGAAAGGCUGUCGCUUUUGCUUUUCGGAAGUUAGAGCUAUGUCGGCACUGCAGUUUCAGGGCGGGGUCACUUUCAGGACUUUCGCCCCGGAUUCAGGUUUUGGCACAUAUGCUAUGUUGACCGCCAUGGUCAUUUUACCCUAAAACAGUUGAGAUUACCUGUGGUAAAUGAAACGCAUACAAACAUCUAUACAGGUCCUAGACUAUGUAGCUGAGCUUUUUCACAAAAUUAAUUGAUAUAUUUUAAUAUUAUUCCUUGCCUCAAGUAGAAAUUAAUGAAACUGUGGUUCACUCCGUGGUGGUGGAAUCGAAACUAAGUUUUUAAAAUCAGUUUUCAUCGUAAACAAGUUAGGAUCCUGGUUUCUUCAACUAUUGGUCCUGGAUACACUUUUAUACAAUCUUAUAUGUUGUAAAUUCUGUUAUGCACAGCUUUUAUUGAGGUUUAAUAGUUUUAGCAUUGUCAUAUCAAACAAAAAGUCAAAAAAAAAAAAAACCCAAAAAAAUCUAAUGAAAGUUUGAAAUGUAAAUAGAGCUUAAUAAGAAGAUGUGUACUUUAUACAUUGAGACUUUGUCUUUGAUAUUCUGUAAUCAGUGUGACCACGUUUUUUCAGGGCAAAUUACCACAUCCGUUUUCAAAAAUUACUAUUUUCGGUCUAAAAUUACGGUGUCCAAUCAAAACGUCCCCAGGUCAAAACGUCCCCAACUUUCCGCAGUCAUAACGUCCCCAGGCCAAAACGUCCCCAGGCCAAAACGUCCCCAGGCCAAAACGUCCCCAGGUCAAGACGUCCCCAGGUCAAGUAUGGAAUUAAUUAUACGCCAAACGUCAACUUCAAACGACAAAUCUUAAUUUACUGCUUUGGUGAAUACAUGUCUAGUGGUUAAUUUGCUUUCUUAAAUGAUCAUUCCUAAAGAGCACAAGUUUAAUAAUUGUUAAAAAGUGUAACAUAUUUCAAAACUGGUGUUAAAGAUAUAAUAAUAAUAGAGUAAAAUAAAAAGUAAUGCAUUCCAACCAUAUGAGCGAUUAUAUAUACAGUGUAUAGGUAAGUAAAAUGCAUAGAAAAAAGUGGGGUUUUUUCUGAAAUAACCACUAAUUUGAUUUUGUUUUCGAACAAUCGUUUUGACCUGGGGACGUUUUGACCUGGGGACGUUUUGACUUGAGUUGGGGACGUUUUGACCUGGGGACGUUUUGACCUGGGGACGUUUUGACUGGAAAGCAAAAUUACCACGGUGGGGAGUGGGGGGGGAGGUAAAAAAUUUUUCCGGAGAAAAAAAAUUUUAAAUUAGGGUCAAAAAAAUUUUCGGACAAAUAAUAAGUAAAACAAGCCCAAAAUCAGUUUUUUUCAACCUAAAACAAGGACAGAACCAGUUUUUUUUUCACCAAAAUCUCUACAAUUUUGGCUUUUCCACCAAAAUCUGUCAGGAAAUUUUAAAUUACCACAAUCGGCCAAAAUUGACGAAAAAUUACCACAGUUGUUCUGAAAUUACUGUAGUAAUUACCACAAAUUUCCAAUUACCACAAUCAUCCAAAAAUGAGGACGAAUUACCACGGUAGUAAUGAACUUACCACAUCUGGUCACACUGUCUGUAAUGUAUUGAUCAAUUUGAAACUUCAGCAUCCCCCCCCCUCGGGCAGGAAUUUGACUUCAGUCUUUUCCAGGGAGUAGGGUCUGUAGGGAAUUUGACGUUCUAAAUUUUCCAUUUAGUGGUGCAUUUGAUAUUAAGGGUGGGGAAUUUGAACCGGAAGUCUUAAAAUUUUACCCAUUUCUGUGUGCUUUCUGCAUGCACAAAAAAGCUUUGCAUUGGCGGCAAACACAGUUUUCUUGGAUUUCGAGGGAAAUUAUGAAAAACUGGCUCAAAGAAUCAGGCAUGUGAAAGCUAUGUGCUUCAUUUGAAAGUAUGUACUACAAAAUUGUGUGAAACUGUUAAAUUCGCAUAAGCUUUCCAAACUUUUUAAGUGAAUUUCUCUAUCUUGCCGAUAAAUAUAAUUUCCCCUAUAUUUUGUACUCUUUGUAUUUUACUGUUUGAACGUUUAAUUUCUUGUUACAGUGGGGCAUUUGAAGACUUUUUGACCAAUCAAAUUUAAAAAAAUGCAAAUUCCCAGGAUUGGCCCUGGUGAAAUUUUGAAUUGAUUGAUACAUAAGUUGAAUAUAAAAUUUUAUGCAUUUCACACCCUUGCAGACUUUUAAUAAGGCUCACUAGCAAAGUAUAACAUAUGAUAACUCUGAUCAAAAUAUUAAAGCUCAUACAGAAUGAGUGAUAUGUCAUUUUGUAAUGGUUCAUUGAAGGAAUUAUGUCUAUUCAGGAAUUGUAAUAUACUAAUAUUCAUAACUAAUCAAUUAUAUGACUGGCAACACUUUAUUGGACAAUUUUGCUUGUUUGAAAUCAUCUUGCGCCAGUUACUGUAGCUUACAUUAGGAAGCCUAGGAACAGCUGUUUUGAUUCUAUAUGUCUUUUACCCUUUUGGCUUCCUCACGAUACCACCGUUUUAUAAACUUCCGGGUAUUUUCAAAGAGAUGGUUGUUCUCAUCACGUUCAAAUGAACAUACAAUCACUGACUGUUUUGGGAGAGUGUCAUUCCAAGGUUUUUGUCCUUCUUUGCUCUUAACCAUAAGUGGUUGCCAGGCUGUAUUAUAUGUGCCCUUCCAAUAGUCCAGUUUAAAUUAAGUCAAUAUCACAAACCUCAGUUACCUUUCCAAUGACUGGUUUCUUCUUGUAAUUGCUAAUAUAUACUGCCACAAACACUCCAGGGGAAAGUGCUUCAAGAUAGUUGUCAUCAUCGGUCGAAUGCCACGAACAGCAGGCGGUUGAUAUGGUCCUGUAUAAAUCUGAAAGGAAAAGAUUAGCUGAUUCGCAAGCUUGUUUUGUAUGGUCAUGCAUGCCAGCAGAGGCUUUACAGUCAACUUGGCCCACCUUCAAGGACUAACUCUCCCUGCUUGUAAACUGACUAAUCUAACCACUAAACAACCUACUAUGAGCCAUGACUGGGUUCUAUCUGCAAAUUUUGAGAGAAAUUUGAUUAAUCAGUAAUUUAGUAUCAAAACAUCCUCGGUCCCAGGGCCUCACGGCUGACACUCCGUUGCCGGAGGCCCUGGCGAAAACCAAAACCGGAACUUCAAAAAUCUUGUAGUUUGCCGGAAGUAAACGUAAUAAAAUGCUGACUCUGCAUCUUUUUUUGCAAGGAGUGAACUUUGAGAAUUUCUCGAAAGAAAUAAUGUUUUACAUGCAAGAUAAACAUUAAUUUGAUCUGGUUAUUUCACCAUUAAAUGUUUUAAUGAUUGACCAAAUCAGUAAACUAAAGGAUCAUGUAAAUGUUUCAAUUAUGAAAGCUGUUCAAGUCAUCAAUCGAAGGAUACAAUGUGUAGUUUGGGAGUGUCAUUGAAUACGGACAGCAAUCAAUUGGAGAACAUGAAAGUUUUUGAAUUUUUAUUAUAAUCGACGAAAUAUACAGACAAUUUAAAAGCGAUAGUUGUGGACGAAGCCCAAUCUUAAUUGUUACUGAAUGGUGAGUGAGUGAUACUGAUAUAUUUGGUUGUUUCUCAAUAUUCUUUCUUUGCUAUAUUAUCUGCAAGACUGUACAUGUACAUACAGAUAACAUAUAUUCUGUUUAAUACGUCUGGUCUAAACGCUGCAUUUUACAUGUGCCAAGUCUAGAAAAGUUUGUUCAACCUUUUAAGUGCUACCAAAUUAUUUUACUCAGCUUAACAUGCCAGAUGAUUGAGUGUACUGGUCAAUGUGAGAGUGCUACUGCUCAAUGGGUUAAUCAAAUUAUCUAUUGUACUUUACUAUCUUACUGUCUAAUGUCAGACAAUUUUGCUCAUCAAGGGGAGAGUGGGUAUAAUUGCAAAGUAAUUACUUUGCCACUUUGGACAAAUGUAUAAGUUACAUAUGUUUACUACAUACCGGUAUGUACAUAAAUUCAACAUUUAAAUCAAAAUGUCAAACUUUAUUAUUUGAGUCAAACUUUAUUAUUUGAGUCAAACCAUGUAAAUUCACAUUAGAUUUGGCACAUGUAAAAUGCGGCAUUUAGACAGAGACAAUGAGCAUAAAAACCUGAAAUAUUAUGUGCAUCCCACCUACCCCCUCAACCCCCCCACCCCCUCACCCCACCUUAAUCUUGGUAUCCCCAGAUAACGAUUGUUUGUAGGAUAUACAACUACCUGUAAGGUAUCAUAUGUGACUGCAUACUACAAGCUAGUAUCAUAUUGUACAGUUUAAUACAUAUAUAUGACUUGAAAUAUGUAUUUUCUUGCCAGCCAUUUUCAAUCAUAAAAUUAUCCAUGUUGCUGUUAAAUUACGAUUGGCCUAAAAUUUUUGGCUAAAGAUUGUUUUAAUUUAUAAACAUUGUACUACUACUUUAGGAAGGAUUUCAGGCCAUGCUAUGAAAGAAUUGGUAUGUCGGGAAGUUUGUUUCUUCAUCAACUCAGAGAAAGAAGUUGCAUCAACUCAGAGAAAGAAAGAAAUUUCAUCAACUCAGAGAAAGAAAGAAAUUACAUGAACAAAAUAAACAAUUUUGUGUCAUUGAUAUAAAUAAUGAUUUAUUCUUACAAUUUCCUCUAUGAAAAUUUGGUGUGUUAAUAAAGAUACUGUAAAAAAUAAAUAACAGCUUUAUGGUGCAUCCAUGCUGUGCUUUAAUAUUGCAGUGGUGUAGGAAAUGGAGGUGUGUGGGUACCAGUGUGCUUGUGUGUGGAGGCCGGAUGCUCAGGAGUUCCCCGACAAGGAAUAUCAAGUCCCCGACAAGGAAUAUCAGGUUCCCUGACAAGGAAUAUCAGGUUCCCAACAGGGGGCUAUAAUCUUUCAAACAGUAAAAUUAUUGUUUUGUAUGUUCAACUUAUGCUCACACAUGAAAAUGUUGAAUUUUUUGGCUCUCAUGAAAUGGUGCAGAAUUUAUUGUCUGUAACAGUGCACUUACCAGGACUACAAAACAAGGUCAUUACAAAACAUAAUUUUUCCCAGUGCAUUCCACUUCCCUGAUUGGGGAGGGGCUAGAAUUUCCACAUAGGGGAGCUACAGCCCCCCCCCUACCUGAUCCUUGCACUGCCUCUGCCUUACCCAAUUUCUCUUCAAAAGUUUACAAAUUAUAAAUUUGGUGCUGUUGACAUGAAGUGCUCCUCAAUUUUAAAUUUCAAAACUUUCCUCCUGUGCCUAUGGUGACUAAUUAAACCUUGAAAUCUAGCACUAUAAUUUAUAAAAAUUAUGUCAACUGCAUGUAAGAGAUUCAGAAGUUAGCUUCCCAGUUAGUUUCCCAGUUUCAUUACUUAAUACUGAAUGUAUGUAUACAGCAUAAAAUUGGGAGGCUCAUCACCAGUGUAGCAAAGUUGCAGUAUUACUAUUAACAAUAUAAUUUGUCAACUGUAAAAAACAUUGAUAGCCUAUAAAUUAAGCUAUAUAUUGCAUGAAAUUUAAGGCAAAACAAGGUGGAAGAACUAACAUUUCCAGCUAUUAUAUUAAUCACUUUGUCAUUAUUAAAUAGUAUUAAAAUACAAUAUUUCAUUAUUAAAUACAUUUGAUAUAAAAUACAAUAUUUUUACAUAAAUUAAGAGCCUUUGAUGAAAUUGAUAUAAAAUCAAUAAAGUAUGUCUAUUAAAUAUAAUAUAUUAUAAAAUAAUUUAUAUUUUAUAAUAUACUAUAUUUAAUAUAAUAUUAAUAUGUAUGGCAUGGACCCCUCUUGCUUUAAAAACCACACGGACACUCAUUCACGAUUUUCUCAUUUGUAAUUGAAAGAUGCAAGACAUCACUCACAAUUUUUGUAGAUUUGUACAAUUAACGGUACAGUCUUUCUCGCAUAGCCUUUCGCCUGUCUUUGUUUAUACUCUGUAUAUAAUUAAAUCUCGUAUAUAAAACUAUAAAAUAUCCCUUCGGCUUCGGCGAUUUCAAUCUUUAAAUAAUCCAGUGUCCAAUUUUGUGCAGCUUUUUAAUACAUUGUGACACAACAUCCAACAUUUUUUAUAUUAACAAUAAAAUUUCCAUUGAUAGACAGCAGAUUUCAACGACCAAAACGACUUUUCGUCUUCUUUGAAGAGUUAAUACACUCCUAUCUACUCCUAUUGUCAGCCAUAUUUAUUAGUAAAAGUUCGUGUUCAAUUUCCGCAUGCCAUUGUUUUCAUGCGACCAAUCAAAUCACUUCUCGUUUUGGUUUUCGCCAGGGCCUCCGGCAACGCAGUGUCAGCCGUGAGGCCCUGGGACCGAGGAUGGGCACGGGCAGGUUUAUAUAAAUCUUGGCAUUCUUUUCGCAGAAUGUGUUCAUUUUCUCUUUUCAAGAAUAAGGGGGAUAUUGUAGAGAAUUUUUUUAGCUUUAAUUUAAGCCUAAGUUUGUUUGUUUGCGUAGUAUGUUGGCGGCUAAAAUGUCAGGUUAUCCAAACACGAAAUUAUAUACUAACAAGACGCCUGCUCAGGCGUUCACACUGGCCUGAAAAUGGCAACUUUCGUGGUAGUGGGUGUAAUGUGUAGUAGAGAAGUAGAUAGGGAUACAGGAUCAUAGGGAUACUGGAUCAUAGUACAACCAAUAAAUACAAUCAUGAUCAGCAACUAUCAACCAUAAUAUACGGUUUAUAUACCAAGAUACCGACCCAGACGUACUCUCCGGCUACGGGAAACUCAACCUGACAAGGCAGGCCCACUAUGAUCAUCUACUAUCAACCGCCGGCAAAUAAUGACGGGCCAAUAAUAGCGAAGAAAUUAUAUAGUCCUUGAUUUUUAAUGCCGUUAUAUGGCUAGUUUCAGGUGCUAAAAAGUUCAUAGACAUAGACGAUUCUUCUAAAAAAUACGUCAAUUUGCUUCUAUUUAUAAGAUAAACUGAUCCCAACCCAAAGCCCUUCUCAAUAACCCCAACCAGUAAACAUCUAAUAAACAAUUUAAGAAUUAAAAAAGUGUGGGCGGGGGGGGGAGGGGGAGUUGGAUCUUGUUCUAAAAACAAAUCGAACCGUAUCACGUUUCACUUCGCCGCACGCAACGCCACCUCGCUGAAUACAAUCCAAAACAUACAUUUUAUAGUAAUAUAUGACGAAUUAGAAAGUAAUUGGCGCAAAUUAAUGUAAUUAGGUGCAAAUUUACAAUAAUGCAAAUAAAUACAAGAGCACAACGCAUGUUUAUGAGCCUACAAAGUAUAUUUAUACUUGUUAAUUAAAAAGUCAAACUGUCAAACCUUUAACUUGUCCUUGUUUAUAUUCCAUAUCGUAUAAAUUUCGCUGGGUCCAAAUUAGUUUGGGGUUUUCGAGUCGUUACACAAAGAAAAACACACUAAUUCAACACGCAAGAAAGGCCAGAGUGCAACACAACGUAAAAUCCAUAGGAUUAGGAAACCGGCUCAAUUCUUUGAAAAUUCAACGAAACUGUGUGAAAUAUAUAUGAUCGCUCAGUGAAAAGCUGCCAUUUUGAAACUGAACUGAAUAUGUCACUGGAGCACGUUGCACCCUGAGCCUGCGAUGAGCUAACGUAAACUCCAUUUCUCGACGAAAACAGAAAACAGAAAAAGAGGGAUUUAAGACACUUGGCCUACGGCCAGUGUAAAAAGUAAAAUGCGUAUAAAAUUUUUCAAUAUAUACUUUUUAGUAUUUUACCGAAAUGGCAUGUGAUAAAAACCAAACAUACUUGCAGGUUCGGUGAGUCCGGGAUUGGACGCACCUCAGGUGGCUGGAAGUUUCCCGAACUCAGCCACCCUCGGUGCGUCCAAUCCCGGACUCACCGAACCUGCAAGUAUGUUUGUUAUAAAACACUCCUUUAUAGCUCGAGCCUCGAGUAAAAAAAACCAUUCUUCAAACAGCUCAUGACGUCAUGACCGCCAUGGCUUUUGUUGAGUUGGUCCCUGGGGAAUGAGUGCAAACGCUCUGUAUAGUGUACAUUUGUGUUGUUCUACUGUACAAUAACAUUUCAUUUUCAGCGGCAAUCUUAUUAGGCAUUUUGUGACGUAGAUCCGUGACAUGUAUUUCAGUCAAAGUUCAAACUAACUGAAAUAUCUUGAAAACAAAGCGAAAGUGCAAAAGAAGUUACUCCAUAGUUUAUAUGGUUCUUUUAAGUAAUUGACAAUGUCUGAAAAUCUUCGUUUCAUAUACAUGCAUUUUAUAUGUCAUAAUGUCAGAAAUUGCGUUGAAGUUGCAGCCAAAAUUACCUCUUGUAUAGCCACAGAUGUAACAUGGCCUUUACUUCCCAAUCUAGGCAAUUACGCAGAACGAAUCGGUGGAGGCGCCCCGGUGUAUCUUGCAGCCGUUCUUGAGUACCUCACUGCUGAGAUUCUGGAACUCGCGGGAAACGCCGCACGGGAUAAUCGAAAAACACGCAUCAUCCCACGACAUAUUCAGCUUGCCAUUCGCAAUGACGAAGAACUCAACUCGCUGCUGUCCAACGUAACAUUAGCUCAAGGCGGAGUAUUACCAAACAUCCAGGCUGCAUUACUACCCAAGAAAACUGUACAAAAAAGUCAUUCCGCGUCGCAAGAGUUUUGAAACUUUUACAGAAAGAUUAUAAAUAUAUAUAUAUUAUAAUACACAGAUAUAUAUGAAUUACGAAAAUAUAUGAAUAUCAAUAAAAGUUGGGAUACGUAUAUAAUACAAUAUAAAUUAUAUAAGAUAUCUGCAUGAUUGGUUUGUAAAGUUGGGUGGUAUUAUAUUGUGCUUUUGAAUGAUACUAAUCUGAUAAUUGACAGUGAAUUUGAUAUUUAUCAGCGUUGAACAUAAAAUAUUUUGAGACGUGUAAUGUGAAGUAAUGUGUGUUAUUUGACAAUAAAUAUUGUAUGAACUGCGGAUGUACAGUUGUCAUAACGGCAC